AUGGCGGACACUAAGCCUCCACCGAAAGCUGGCGAUGCCGGCGUGCUUAUGGGUCUUCUGUCCACUUCUUUCGUGGCAUGGCUACUCAUUGGAGCCUUGGCUCAUUGCGACGAUUCUUUCAUGCCAGUUGAGACGGCUUGGAUUCUCACUGCAUCGCUAUCCUUCAUACUUGCAGUUUGCCUCAUCUUGUCGACUGCCGAGUGUCCAACUUCGACGCACUCGCAAGGUGCUGCGUAUUACACUGCUGCGAUCAUGGGGUUUGGCGUAAGCACAAUCUACGCACUCACCUCAAAUGGUUGGUAUCAUAAUCAACGACGUGUCUUCUGGUCUCUGAGUGGGCUUUUCGGUGGAAUAUUUCUAGAGGCAUCAACUGGCUUCUUCUCUAGCUGUGCUCGUCGGUUGCAAGCCUCCAUGAUUAAUUCAGAAUCAGUCACUGGGCUAUCAGGAGCUGCCAAAAACACUGAAGCAGAAAAGUGUGUCGAGGCAACUUGA